UUAAGGUCUCACUUUUUCUCCCCACUCACCUUUAUAUGUGCAUAUUUCUACAACUUCUGAAUUCUACACAUCAAAUUGUUCCAUUAAUUAGUCUUGGUGCAUUUUUGAACUUCUUCUCCUUUUUAUUUUUCUUCAUAAUAAGAAGAAGAAUAAUGGUUAUGGAUAUACAAAACAAAUUUCGUUUAGCUAUUGGCACAAUGAAAGAUCAAGCUUCAAUAGGCAAAGCCAUGAUGUACCAUCAACAACAUGAUGGCUUUUCCAACAUAGAAAUUGCAAUUCUUCAUGCCACUAGUCAUGGAAAUGGAACCAUUGAUGACAAAUACAUGCAUGAAAUUCUUUUCCAUGUAUCAAACUCAAAAGGGUCAAUCCCUUUUCUCGCCGAAAGAAUUUCGCGCCGCCUAUGCAAAACAAAAGAUAAUCUUGUUGCUCUCAAGACUCUUGUUUUGAUUCAUAGACUUCUUAGAGGUGGAAAUAGAUCAUUUGAACAAGAAUUAUGCAAAGCAUAUGUUUCUGGCCAUUUACAAAUUAGCAUAAGGUAUUGUGUCACAAAUAAUUUUUCUAACCCUUUAAUUUGUUUCCUACACAAUUAUGCAUCUUAUCUUGAAGAAAGGAUGAGUUGGCUCAUCAAUCAAGCUGGCAAACUUGAACCAAUUAUGUCUAAAGGGUUAGAAUUUAGAAGAUAUGAUGAAAAAUCUUUUGAUAUGGCAUUUAGAAUAUUGCCUAAGUGUCAAAUUCUUAUUGAUAAAGUUUUGGAAUGUUCACCAUAUGAUAUUUUAAGGUCAAAUAAUCAUAGUCUUGCUCAUGUUGCUAUGAGCAAUACUUUGAGAGAAAGUUUUCAAGUUUACAUGACAUUUUGUGAAGGCAUUGAAGCUCUUGUCAACAUGUUUUUUGAUUUAGAAUCAUCAGCUAGAGGCUUAGCUUGUGAAAUACUCAAGAAAAGUUGUAUUCAAACACAAAAGCUUCAUGAUCUUUAUCAAACUUGCAAAAAAGUGGUUGAAAACAAGAAUUUGGAGUACCCUUUUGUUCAAAUUAUUAGUAUGAAUCAUAUAAUGGCAUUGGAUCAAUUUGGUUGUGAACAAAAUAAAGUUGAAGCUUCAAAAGAGGUAGAUUUGGAAGUAAGAGCAAAAGAAAGGAAAAAAGAUGAAGAAAAAAUUUAUGUAAAUUUUUCAACAACACCAACACUUUUUUCAUGGACACUAGAGACUAAAAUAAGCAAGGUGUGGGUUGUUUUUGAAGAUGAAUUAGUUCCUAAAGAAUCACAAAUCCUUCCAACACAACAAAAGGUUGGAGUUUUGAUGAGUUCUUCAAUAUAGUUGUGGUAGAUUAAAUAAUUAUAUUAAUCACUUUCUCUGUUUUACAAGAUCUUAAAUAUGGAAGAGUAUAUGGUGCUAUACUAUAGCUUUUGUAAUCUAUGUAUAAAUGUCUUUGUGAUAAACAUAGGAACUAGUAUUUAGAAGAAAAUACAAAUAUAGAAUAGGUGAUUUUGGUCUUUGAGGUGUGAACCUAACAGGAAUUAUAUAUCUUAUUGUAAUUUUUUCGUA